UAAGUUGGCUGUGUAGCUAUGAUAUUCUAAUAUGAUGCAAACAGAACAACUCUAAAGUAAUUAGCACUGCUCAUCAGUCAAUAUAGAUAACAAAAGGGGGGAGGAUUAUAACAAAAGGAACUUGUGAGAUGUAUAACUAGAAAGUAUGGAUACUUUAUCUAAGAGCGAAUAUGUGUAAAACAUACGAAUACUAGUUCGACAAGGUUAGAAGUAUCUUGAAAUUUAAUUUUUUUUUUUUUUUCUUUGACAUGGUUAGUGCAUCGCUGGGGGAUGAUUUUGUAAUUAUUUCUUUAAAAAAAAUAGGAUUCAAUAUAAUUUAAAAUAUAUUAUGGAUUGAUUAAAAUAAUAAUAUAAAAUUUAAGAAAAUAAAAUAACAAACAUUUAAUUCUAAUAUUCAUAUUAUAUCAGCAUGUCAGUUGGCCUAGCGAUGUCAUUAGAUUCAUUAUCAGUUCUUCUUGAAUAACUUCUUAGAUAUUUUAAAUCGCGGAUCGAGGGAUGGGCACUGGUGGGCUUGAACCCACCCCCCAAAAAAAAAAAAAAAAAUUUAUGUGGCAAAGAAUCGUAGUCGGUUAUGAUAGGCAUUCCGUAAUACAAGAAAUGAUAUAUGUAUAUUAUUAUAUAUCCGAUCUUACAACAGUCAUUGCUGCCAAAAAAAAAAAAAACACAUCCUCGUUAAAUAGCAAUGUGUCCGUACAAUGGUAACUAACUAACAAGGAAUUAAGCAUGCACUUAAGUAGUUAAAAAUGAAUUUAGUGGCUAAUUAAUUACUUAAUUGGUGGGUGGGCAGGCAAUAUUUGACAAAUUCCUCUUAAGACCGCAUUUGAUGGGUGGCCAAGCAAUGUGGAUCAACGGACAACAGUGGAGUGGAUGACAAAUAUAAAUACUAGUUAUAACCAUGCAUUCACAUUCACUCUUAACUAUUUCAUUUCAUUCAUAUCAAAACCAAGUUUCAGCAAAAAAAAAAAAAAAUGGCAGAUGAUUUUGCGUUUUCUGUAAUUAGGGACAAACCAAGUCACAGGGUUUAUUGUCAGGCUGGUAGCGGAUUCUCCUUAGCAGUUCGUGAUGACGAAGUCAUUCUUGCGUCUAACGAUGCAUACGAUCCAUACCAACAAUGGGUGAAAGAUGAGACGUACAGCAUGACAGUGAUGGAUGAAAAGGGGAAUCCCAGCUUUGCUCUCAUCAACAAAGCCACCGGUCAGGCCCUGCAGCACGCCUUCGGUGACAGUCAUCCAGUUCGGGUGAAACCUUGGAAUCCAGAUGAAAUGGAUUACUCGAUCUUGUGGACUCAAAGCGAAGACAUGGGUGGUAAUUUUAGAACAAUUAGGAUGGUGAAUGACAUUACCCUUAAUAUUGAUGCUCUUCAUGGUAAUGUUGAGGAUCCUCAGGGCAUCUGUGAUGGCACUACCAUAGUUCUUUGGCAAUGGAAUCACGGAGGAAACCAACUUUGGAGGAUUGACCGAACCGGUGGCGGAUACUAAAAAUCUCCAUCUCUUCACGAUACAGUGGAGUACUAAAGAGCCAACAAUUUUUUGCAGCAUGUGGAUUCUGCAACUUCGUAUUACUUAAUAUUGAUUUUUGUUUUUUUCAUUUUUUUUAUUUUUAAUUUUUUCUUCCGUUUUUGGCUCGCAGAUUUAAGAUAGUUGUUUUAUAUAUGAGUUCUUCACUGAAGCACUCAUUCGUAUGUAUUUCUGGUAUUAAUAAGUUGCUUAUGCAACUGUUUUUUGUAAUUUCGGUGGUCUAUUUUCCACCAAAUAUUAAUUCAAAUGAUUAAACUUAUA